GAUUUUUACUUCGUGAGAGUCGAUAAAUUUUCGCCAACAAGAUAACGUAAGACAAGUUUUCGCGUAACUUGUUUUGUGUUCUUGUGUUUGGUUUUAAGUAAUUUCAAGAAGAAUGUCAGGCUUUGGGCAAGAUGAUGGAUUCUACAGUGGUGGUGGUGAUUACUAUAACAACCCGAAUCAGAAUCAAGAUAUAAACUACGCCCAAAGUGGAUAUGGGCAAGAACAAGAGUUUGGCCAGUUUAACUAUCCAUAUUAUAAUCAAGGGAGGCAGUUUGGUCAGUUCGAUUACAGUAACCAGAGCACUAAUUAUGGAAUGGAGGCAAGUUACACCGGCCAACAACCCGCGCCAUAUAAUCCGUCCAUCCUCACUCCUGACUCGGCACAAGCCUUCUCAGCACCACCAGGGGGAGACAACUACGAGGAUGAACCUCCGUUGAUGGAAGAACUUGGUAUAAAUUUUGACCACAUCGUACAAAAGACUAUGGCAGUUUUGAACCCAUUAAAACAGACACAGCAUGAGCUGAUGCAGGACACAGAUCUGGCUGGACCACUGGUCUUCUGUCUGGCUUUUGGAGGCAGUCUUAUGCUUUCUGGAAAACUUCAUUUCGGUUACAUCUAUGGUAUUGGUGUGGUUGGUUGCCUAGCAAUGUAUUGUUUACUGAACCUGAUGUCUAUGACGGGAGUUUCCAGCGGGUGUAUCAUCAGUGUACUGGGGUAUUGUUUACUACCCAUGGUGUUCCUCUCUUUCUCAUCGGCUCUUUUAUCUUUACAGGGUCUUGUUGGUGUAGUACUAACAGCCGUGACAGUACUAUGGUGUAGUAUUUCAGCCUCUAAGUUAUUUGUGUCGGCACUAGAGAUGGAUCAUCAACAGUUACUAGUAGCAUACCCAUGCUGCCUGGUGUACGGAGUGUUUGCACUCCUUACUGUGUUCUGAAAAGACAGUGUUCUGAAAAGACAGUGUUCUGAAAAGAGAAACGCUUUUAUCGGGAAAAAAAAAACUAACUGUGUAUAAUGCUGAUUAAAAUUAUUUAACUGCUAGAUAAAAAUGCUGUGAAUUUUCAAGCUGCGCUGUGAAAAUACUUCUCUUGAUAUUAUCUGAAAGAACAAUGUGAAGGUUUUGUGUAAAACUUAUCAAUAUGUGUUUAUUAAAUGAAUACAAAUUGACUAGUUUUAACCUCAAUAAUUAAAGGAGCUACACUGAGGUAAAACAAAAACAUAAAAAAAAACAUAUUUCUUACAUAGAUCAGGUAAAUCACCUAAAAUGGAAAAAUCUGCCAUGAAUGAUUAAGAAAUUUACUCAGAAUCAAAUUGAAUAUUGAUUUUUGUUUGAUUUUUAGCCAAUUUGUGUGAAAAAUGUUUUUUUCAGCCAUUUUGCAUUAUUAAAAUGAUUAUUCUUAUAAAAUAGGUUGAGGGAAUGAUCUUUUAAAAAUUUGAUCCACAAGUUAUUGGUCCAGAACUUAUGUCUAAAAAGAUGUUUCUAGCUGCCUUAUAAUAAAAACCUGAAAUCUCAGUGGAGUUCCUUUAACAUACAUAAUUAUUGUGUGUAUAAAUACUUAAUAAGCUGGUCUUGAAACUUAGCAAUUGAUUGUUAUCAUGUUAUCAGCUUGUUAUUUUCAGAGAAGUGUAUUAAAAUGUUUACAUUAUCUUUAUAAAUCAGGCAUAACAAAAAUAAUUGCAAAAACAUUAAUUCUAUUCCUGACUGUUUUCAUUGUAAACAAAUUUAACAUAAUUUUUUUGGACCAAGGUUUUUGUCUAUUUCAAAAGUUGUGGUAUCUAAUAAAAUUAUAUUUAUUUGCAUGAGACAUCCUAAAGUAAAUGCCACAUUUGCAUAUUUCAGCAUAAGAAAAUUUCUGAUUUAUUCCUAAAACAAUGUUAAGGAGGCAAUUUAUUUGCAUGAAACAGCAGGACUCAAGUAAUUUAAAUAUCUAUUUACUGAGAAAUCUGUGUGUCAAACAUUGUUUAUUGGGGGGAUAAUAUAAAUUUAUUGUAGCGGAGAGAGUAUUAGAUAAUAUUUUUAUUUGUAAAUGUCACAUAAUUCUGUAAUCCUACAGCUAGAGACAAAUUUCUGCUUUAGUCAUAAUGCUGAAUAUUUUAUAUUUAUUGUAUGCAUAUGAUAUGAUCAUUAAAAAAUACAGGAAUGAAAGUAA